AUGCGCUUUGCUUUUGCAAGAAUUCGUGUUCCUUUUUUACAGCUUCAAGGAUUAGUUUAUGGUUUUAGGGUGGGUUCAGUGUCUCCUUCAUGUCCCUUGUCGCCUCCGCUUAAGUCACAGCCCUUCAGUUCAACCAACACCAGAUUUAUUGCACCUACCAGACUAGCUCAAUACAGAAGCAAAUGCGUAAUGAACAGGAAAGUUUUGCUUUCAAAGGAAUUGUGGCUUCUGGGGUUUCAGUCAUGGGUUCUUCUCAGUGAACCUGUUAAAGGGCUUGAGAGCUUGCCAUACAAGCCAGAAGGCUACAAUUAUUGGACAUGGCGGGGUCACAAAAUACAUUAUGUAGUGCAAGGAGAAGGAUACAACAUACCUGAGUUGGCCAAAAGAUAUAAGGUUUAUGCCUUAGACUUGCUAGGUUUUGGAUGGAGCGAGAAAGCAAUUAUUGAGUAUGAUGCCAUGGUACGGAGGGAUCAAGUGGUAGAUUUUUUGAAGGAAAUUGUGAAAGAGCCAGCAGUUGUAGUGGGAAACAGGAAUCUAGUUUCGACAUGCUGA